AUGUUUUCCAAGAUCUCGCAGAUCGGCAAGAAUCUGACCGACGAGAUUUCGCGGAUCAAUGACGAGGUGAAUAGUAACCGAAAACAAGGCUCGGCCUCACCCAAUCCCGGAAUUGAUCCAUCGACGGCAAGCAGGAUCUUAUCCACACAGACUCCCGAGCCGGACAGCAUGACACAGCCCAAGGAAAUGAGCACUCCAGAGCCAACUAACGAGGCUAACACUAUCAGCAUUACUGUUCCGGGCACAAAUAUCAAGUACAUGGAUCUGCCCCCGGAAAUACGAAGCCGAAUGCGCAAAUUUAUAAAGUACGAUGAGAAGUAUCCCAUUCUGUUCGAGGCCUACAAGGCUGAAAAGCGCAAGACCGUUGUGAUACAGGCGUUUGAGGCUAUGUUACGAGAAUUGACUCCAUGUUCCAGUAUUGGCGAGAUUGAUGCGGUGCGCGACUAUAUUGGAGGCUUGAAAUCGAAGACAGCUUUUUUAGAGUCUGAGCUGCGGCAGGCUGUGGCCAAGGAAGCGGAAAGUAAGCGAAAUCUCGAGGAGCUGGAGCGUUUGCGCAGCGAAUCCAGGACUCCAGACAAUCGAGAGUUGGAAGCAUUGAAGACACAGCUGGAAGAGCUGCGGGAGCAAUUGGCCGAUGCGCAGGCCAAGGAGAGCCAACAGAGGGAGGCAUUUGACCAAGAAAAAGCCAAUUUCGAUAAGCUUUUGAGCGAAAAAGAGCAUCUGAUAGAGGACAAGGAAAAGCGUCUGGGUGGCGUUCAAUCAGAGAAGGAGAAGUUGGAGUCUCAGGUUGCAGAGCUGCAAAAAUCGCUCGAAUCGAGUAGCAGGCUCACACAGUUGUUCAAAGAAAAAGUUGCAGCGCUAAACGAGGAGCUCAAAUCCCAGAAGGAGAACGACAACUCGAACGACAACUCGAAACCCAACGAAGGGCCCAAGAAAGGUAAAAAGAAGAAGAAGGGACAGGCAGCUAAGAGUCCGAACAGUGAUGCCGAGCUUAUUGAGCUUCGUCACCAGGUUGAGGUUUUGGAGGCAAAAGCCGGCGAGGCCGAGCGCUUCGAGAAGGAGGCUGCUGAUCUGGUAAAACAGGUCAAGUCUCAAAAAGAUGAGAUUGAAAACCAGCGCGAUAUGUUGCGAGACGUGGGUGACUCUCUGGUGACGGCCAAGGAUGAGCUCAAAAAAUCGCAAGAACAGUACCGAGAGAAGACAGAGGAGCUGGAGAGGGUGAAGGCCGAGCUGGAAUCCGUGAAGGCUGAUUUGGAGGUGUUGCGCAUACAGAACUCUGAUGCAGUAAAGGACUAUGAGCGGGCAAAAUCGUCGCUGGAAAAGAAGUUGGCCUCGUUGGAAGAAAACCAGACGAAGGGCAGUGGCGGUGAGACUAGCUCGAAAGACGCGGUCAUUGAGAGUCUUAAGAAGCAGAUUGAAGACCUCAAACUUGGAUUCGAGAAAAAUUUCAAGGAUGUCGGCGAGGAAAAUGGACAGUUACAAAAACGGAUCAGCAGUCUGAAUAAGGAGAAAGCUGCUUUGGAGAAACAAAUCAGCGAGCUUGCUGCGCUGAAAGAGCGGGAAGUACAGCUAAAGCUGGACUUGUCGAGUGCUCAGUCGUCGCUCACGCGCAAGGAUCGACUUUUGGACGAAAAGGAAAGUCGUCUUAAGUAUUUGGAAGAAGAGAAAAAUAAGCUGAAUGACAGCGUGAUAGAGCUCAAAGUGCAAGUGAGCGAGCUAAAGACAAGGAUGAAUUCUGACUUAGAAGCGAAGAACGCCGCACUAACAAAGAAUGAGACGUUGCGCAAAGAUUACAACGAGCUUAUGCUCCGUCUCAACAAAGUGAGCACCGAGAACAACAAGCUGAUGAAGAAUUACGAAGAAAUUAAGGACCGUUACGAGGACCUGCAAAAUUCGAAAAUGAGCUCCUCUGAUGAGGUCAAGACCAUCAAACGGCGAUGCGAGGAGCUCUCGAUGCGCAAUAGAGAGUACGAGAACCGGAUGGAGGUGCUGCAGGAAGAGCUUUCAGAGGCUCGUUCAAUGUUACAGGAGCGCACUCGUGAAGCUGGAACUAUUCGGAAAUUACUUAUGGAGACCGAAGACUCGCAGAAUACUAAACUGAAGGAGCUGAAUGCCAGACUGGAAAAGCUGGCUGAGGAAAAAGAGGCGCUGGAGCGCGAGUCGACGUUGACUUUGAAGAAGAAGCAGCGCGAGCUUGAAGAUCUCAAGAGCAAUUUGGAAAGCAUGCGGGACGAGCUGGACGUUCUUCGUCGCGACAAGACCUCGGUGGAGGCCAAGCUUUUGGAGCAAGAGAGUGCUCUUCGUGACGUAGAGAACAGCGAGAAGCAGCACGAGGAAAACACAUCUGAGCGCGACUACAAGCUGUUGGAGUCGCUUCGCCAGACUCUGCAACAAAGCGAGGCCCAGAUCCGGGACCUCGAGACGAUGAAUAGCAAGCUACGCAAGGCUAACGAGGAGACGUCGCAGAAACUGAUGCGUUUGAACAAAAAAUACAAGCUGCUCUCGCAACAGUACCGAACGACCAGAGACAGAAGAGAGUCUGUGGCGAGCGUUGAGUCAGACAAGUCGUCGCCUGUUAUGAGCCGAUCGACGAGCGUUGGCGACCUUGCAUCAGAAAGCCAACCGGACGCGAAGGAGAAAAUGGAGUACGUCAAGAACGUGAUUUUAGGAUUUCUUGAACAUAAGGAGCAGCGGGGGAUUCUUCUUCCGGUGAUCAAGACUCUGCUCUAUCUAAAUGACAGCGACGAAAAACGGCUUCUGAGUUCGCUUCCUUGA